ACUUGUCAGAGGGUUAUACUUUUAGCUUCCCCCAUCCUGCAAGGCCACUCAACCAUGUGCUAGCUGGAGUCAUCUUUAUUCACAAUGUCUUUACAAAAGCUCAUGCAACAGAGAAGCAAUGGCAAUGUGGUGGACUACUGCGCUGGUCCAGCCUAUAGCUCUUACUCCACACUCACAGGCAGCCUUCAGAUGGAUGAUAAUAGAAGGAUUCAAAUGCUGGCAGACACUGUGGCCACUUUGCCUCGGGGACGAAAGCAGCUUGCUUUGACCAGAUCAAGUUCUUUAGGUGACUUUUCCUGGCCUCAAAGAAAACUGCUGAUUGUGGAAAAGCAGGAUAAUGAAACAUUUGGAUUUGAAAUUCAGACUUACAGACUCCAGAACCAGAACACCUGCCCCUGGGAGAUGUGUACCCUGAUCUGCAAAAUACGAGAGGACAGCCCAGCUCACUGCUCUGGCCUGCAAACUGGUGAUAUCCUUGCAAAUAUCAAUGGCGUGAGCACAGAAGGCUUCACACACAAACAAGUGGUUGACCUGAUCAGAUCGUCAGGAAACCUGCUAACGAUAGAGACUCUUAAUGGAACAAUGAUUCUGAGAAGAGCAGAGCUGGAGGCAAAGCUGCAGGUUUUAAAGCAAACUUUGAAGAAAAAAUGGGUAGAGUUCAGAUCUCUGCAGUUACAGGAACAGCGUCUUCUUCAUGGUAAAUGUGAUUUCCUGUUUAGAAACCACGGUGAUGCAGCUAACUGCCCAAGUUUGGAAAACACGGACAUAGAUGAAUCGUCUUUGUUUGGAAUGUUGCCUGCGCCGGUCCCAGCCCUCGUGGACCGAAAUCGAUUAUCCAGUGAGAGCAGUUGCAAGAGCUGGCUGAGCUCCGUGACCAUGGACAGCGAGGACGGCUACCAGACAUGCAUGUCUGAGGACUCUAGUGGAGGGGCCUUCAGUCGGCAGACAAGCACAGAGGAUGAGUGCUUUAUCCCCAAGGAUGGAGACGAUUUUCUGAGGAAGUCUUCAUGGAGGAGGAACCGGAACAUCAGCACCACCAGCAGUGGGUCUCUAUCUCCCUUGUGUGAUAGCAGCUUCUCAAACGUGUUUGGGACCCUGCCCCGGAAGAGUAGGAGGGGAAGUGUCCGGAAACAACUCUUGAAAUUCAUCCCUGGCCUUCACCGCGCGGUGGAAGAGGAAGAGAGUCGCUUUUGACCUCUUGUGAUGUCCUUUCCCAUUAGCUUAUUUCCGAAAUACCUCUAGACUUCUCUAGAUGAACUCCACCCAGUUUAGUGGGAAAGUGCAGAGAGACUGAGAAACUGACGUCCCUUUAUUUAAACUUUUGUUUCUUGCUUCUUAAAUCAUUUUUCAACCAGAACAACUCAAGUUCUUAGCAGGGAGAUCUGGUAAUAAACUAGAUAACAUAAAAAAUUAACAAAAGUUCCUGCUCGCUUUACUUUUGCUUAUGGAGGUGAGGUUAUUAUUUGUUUUAUAGAUUGUUCAUGGCAAGAAUUGAGAACUUUUUGGUGUUAAAUUUGAAGAAGGGACUGAGAGAAUGUAACUAUUUGGAAUACUUUCCACGGGUUAAUUGGUAUGUUACAAAACCUUAGGUUUUCUUAAGUUCGGUAACCUCUGGGGGUGCUUUGUAAUAUGCAGUUUUGAAUGUGUAUGUCCAGAUCUAUGAAAGGUUAUGACCAAAGGUGAUCAUCAGACAUUUCUCACAUCCACAUGACAAUAAAAAAAAAAUACAGCAGGAAAUUUAAGACUUAGUGGAAGGGUCCAAGCUUCAUGAGAAACAUGGAAAGUGGUCGUUGGUCUGAGAUAAGUGUUGAGGAAGAGUACAGUAAGAUCUCUCUCUCUCUCUUUUUUUUUUUUAAUAGGCAGUCUAACAAAAAUGGUAAGAAUUUCAUUUUUCUUGCCUGAUUCAACUUUUGUUCUGCCGGAACAUUGAUAACAAGUCUGGAAGAACUCUCAGAAUCCUACAGUUUUGUGAUUUUUUUUCAAGUGUGAUACUUUUUGCCACAAAUGUUUAAAGUCUGAAAAAUUAAGACUUGGGAAAGGAUUUUCCUCCUGUGUAUUUUUUUCACAUCAUCCCUCACUUCAUACUAUAUAUCCCAAACAGUUAUUAUCUCAGAUCUUUUUUGCAUAUUAAUUAUGUUAGAUCACAUUUUUAUUCAAUAAUAUUAAAGCACAUGAUUUUUCUGUUCUGGUGACGCAGCUGCUACUACUUAUACUCUGGAGUAGAUAGUCCAGACUAUAUAAUAAAUAAUUCUUAAUUAUUUUAAACUCUGUGUGUGUGUGUAUGUGUGUGGUUGGGAGAAGGAGAGACAAUUGGCUUUGAGUGGGACUGCUACACUUAAGCAAACUUCUAAAUAAUCCAAGAGAUUUAUCAUUUUGAGAGAAAAAAAAAGUGUAAUUUUUGUAGAGGGGAGGAUGAGGAAGCUUAGGGAAAUAAAACAUGAAAAGAUUUGUAAUUAUGACCUACUUUCUAUUAAUCCUUUGAAAUCAGAGGCAUCCAUUGGGUGAUGAGAUUGAGUGAGAGUCAUUCAGAUGAAAGGCAGUGUGCUGCAUUGUUCCUGGGAACAAUACCAAGCAUGCCUAUGAUUGAUUGAUGCCUAGUAGGUUAACUCAUAGCGACUCUAUAGGACAGAGUAGAACUGCCCCAUAGGGUUUCCAAGGCUGUGAAUCUUUAUGGAAGCACAUUGCCAAAUCUCUCUCCCACCGAGUGGCUGGUGGGCUCCAACUACUGACUUUUUGGAUUGCAGCCAAACGCUUAACCACUGUGCCAUGGAUUAAAGAUGCAAUACCUAUUAUCCCCUCAAUAACCUGUAGGCAGGUGUUAGGCAUACAGACAAGGAAGCAGGAUUUCAGAGAAGUUCUCGAGGUCACACAGUGGCAGGGCUGAAUCUGGAAGCUGUUUUUUUUCCCUGGCUCUAGCUUUUCCUCUUUUUUUUUUUUUUUCUAGCUUUUCCUCUUAGUCUUUCUCGAUAUUGUUUAUUCUUUUGCUGGUACUAUGUAGAUAUUCCUACAGGAAUUUCUUUCUCUAACAGUAAGACUUAAAAUGCAUAAUUGUACAUGCUUCAUGGAUAAGGAUAUUGUCUUCAGUAAAUAGGAAAACAAACACGCAUUUAGAGUGGCUUUUUCUCCUGGUUCCCACAAGCAAGUUUUCAGAUAUAUGGGCUUAUUAAUAACUGCGUGGUUAUGGAUGUGUUGUUAUUUUCAACAAGGGCUUGAAAACGGGUUGUGAUCCAACUGGUACUGCUUAUUUCUCCUUGUAGACUAGAAUUAUCAAGUUAAAGAUGUUCUUGCAUGAAGGCAGCCUGUUAGUCUCAUAUCUCUGAAGUUUAGUGGGAAGAAAUACCAUGUUUACUUGAGGAAAGUAAACUUUAAAGUCUUCGACAAUGUGAAAAGUCCUCUGAGGACUAUCACAGGUCACCUGGGAAAGCAAGCCAUAGGCCAUUUGCUUUUCUGGAGGCUUUAUGUGUUAAAUUUAGUGUGACUAAUGCAAAGUGAGACAUCUUUCCAUCAUUGUGUACAUGUGAGAAGAAGCAUGCAACCAAGGAAUACUGCAAGAGUAUAAGAAGUGGGCUAAUAUGUGGAACAUGGGAUCCAUUCCAUUGGUAUCUGUCUAGGAAGAAAAUUGUGUGCAUUUGUGUUUUUGGAAAAGUAAUUAAUAUUUUGAACAUUCCCAAAUACCAUGUAGAAAAUUCUAAUUCCAGAGCACCUAGGAGAUGACAAAGCUUCACCAAUCACUGAAUGAUCUAUCUGUUGCUUCUGAAUCACAGUAAAGGUCAGACCUGGAAUGGAGACAAAGAAGGGGUAGAGCAAGUUUCACUGUAGUUUGUGAUAAGAGGAGUUAGAGCUAAGAUUUAGGUACAUUUCUGGGAAGAAAAAAAAGAAAAGCCCUGGUUAACCAAGGUACAGGAAGGAAGGGUAUGUCAUGUUUUAUGUGUUCACAAGCUGUAAGAAAA